AUGUCAAUCCCAUCACACGAGCAACCAUCACGACUCAAGACACAAGUUGAACCCCGCCAUCAACACUCACUUUACCAUUGUUUACUCGACAACAUGGCAAUAAUUGACCUCAUUCACCUCUUGGUAUUUUACGCAUAUUUUGUAUGGGUCAUCGUCUACAUUCUCCGCCAAGCCAUGGAGCCCGAAGUAGUUCACGAUCGGGGAACCGAAGAGAUUCGGAAGGGUUACGCCGAAUGGGCUGCCAAACCAAAUACCAAGGACAACCUUUGUGAGACAUAA